AUGUCGCUAUCAGACGCCGCAGCUGUGGUCCGAGAACUGUCCGAACAGGAAUUUCCAACAAUCUUCUAUACUUCGGUGUCCUUCGCAUUGUUCAAGACCUACGGUAUUCCCACUAUCUCCAAGCUUCUUGUUGCGACCAGUCAACUUUCCGGGGACGCAACGGCCUCCAAGCGUCGCACGGAUACGGGAGUGUUAAUGACGGAGAUUAUGUUCAAUAAACCUGAGUCUCACCGAAACAUCGACGCCAUUGCCCGGGUUAACUUCCUCCACGACCGUUGGCGCAAGGCCGGAAAGAUCUCCAACGACGAUAUGCUCUACACUCUGAGCCUUUUUGCUCUCGAACCGCUUCGCUGGACAAUUCGAUAUGAGUGGAGAGAGCUUACUAUGCUCGAGAAGAACGCAAUUGCAAUCUUUUGGAAAGACUUGGGCAACGAAAUGGCUAUCUCAUACGACUGCCUGGUGCCAUAUAUGGCACAGAAGAACGACCCGGUUGCCUGGCUUGAUGCACUGGAGAUUUGGAGCAUGAAAUAUCAGGAACAAUACAUGGUCUACGCCGUGCCGAACGAGAAGCUCGCCCAUGCAAAUGUACAUCUUCUGCUCCUCGACGUACCUAGGUGGAUGCACAGCUUCGUCUUCGGUCAAGUACGGUGCUUUAUGGAACCGCAGCUGAGACACGCCAUGGGAUACGAAGAUCCGAGCGACUUCCAGUUCUUGGUGUUCAACACACUCAUGAACACACGACGCUGGAUCGUCAAACACCUAUGCCUCCCGCGACCGAAAUGGUGGAUCAAACCGAUGCUGAAAGAUGUGGAUGAGAAGACAGGGCGGUUUUUCCUCCCGACCUAUCUUGCGCAUCCCUACUAUGUCAAGCCAACCUUUUACUCGCGCUGGGGUCCAGCCGCCAUCUACAGUCGCCUCAUCGGGGGUUAUUUGCCUGGAGAUGAGGGAAGCAAGUACUCGCCCAACGGAUAUGUGAUUCCUGAAGUCGGCCCUGAUGCGCAAAAGGGGAAGGGAAAGGACAACGAGAAGAGCGAAGCCGACGACAACGUCUUGGAACGGCACUCAUCGACUGCUCUCUCAGAGGAGGUAGAAUACCCCGGAUCCGCGCAGGUUGCGGUUAUCAUGGCUUGCAUCCUGAGUGCCAUCUUCCUUAUGUCUCUGGACCGAACCAUCAUCGCUACAGCCAUCCCCCGGAUGACAGACGAGUUCCGCAGCAUCCAAGACAUCGGCUGGUAUGGCAGCGCCUUCAUGGUCACGAUGUGCUGCUUCCAGCUCCUCUGGGGAAAGGUCUACACCUUCUACCCGGCUAAGUACGUCUUCCUUGCGCUCCUCGGCCUCUUCGAGAUCGGCUCCGCUAUCUGCGGCACGGCGCCCAGCUCGCUCGUCUUCAUCAUCGGGCGCGCCGUCGCCGGCAUGGGCAGCGCGGGGAUCCUGUCCGGCGCCAUCGUCCUCAUGAUGGGCGCCGUGCCCCUAGCCAAGAGGCCGCUGUACAACGGCUUCUUCAGCGCCGUCCUGGGCACUUCCUCGGUGGUCGGCCCGCUCCUCGGCGGCGCGUUCACGAGCAGGGUUAGCUGGCGGUGGUGCUUCUUCAUCAACCUCCCCAUUGGGGGCGCGGCCAUGGUCGUCAUCUUCUUCGCGUUGAAGCCCACCCCCGCGGCGGUCCCGGGGCUCUCGAUCCGCCAGCAGCUGGAGAAACUGGAUCUCCUCGGGGGAAUCACGUACGACUGGAACAGCUGGCGGGUUAUUCUCCUGCUCGUCUUGUUCGCCGUCUGUUUGGUCGCCUUCAUCGUGGUGGAGGUUCUGAGACGGGAGAAUGCAACCAUCCAGCUGGAGGUUAUCAAGAACCGCACCGUCGUCUCGGCCAUGUGGUACAUAUUUUGCCUCGCCUCAACGAUGCUCCUCCUCAUCUACUUCCUCCCCAUCUGGUUCCAGGUCAUACAGGGCAAGAGCGCCGUCGACUCCGGCAUCGCCACGCUCCCAUUCGUCAUCUCCCUCGUGGUCGCGAGCACUCUGUCCGGCCAGCUCGUGGGCCGCCUGGGCUACUACACGCCCUUCACCAUGCUCUCGUCUGUUCUGAUGCCCGUCGGCGCGGGCCUCCUUUCUACGUUCAAAGUCAACACGGGCAUCGGGAGCUGGAUCGGGUUCCAGAUUAUCCUCGGCUUCGGCAUCGGCCUGGGCCUCCAGCACGGCCCCAUCGCCGUGCAGACGGUGCUCCAGCGAAAGCACGUCCCGAUGGCGGUCUCGCUCGUCUUCUUCUGCCAGCAGCUCGGGGGCGCCAUCUUCGUGUCCGUCGGCCAGAACGUGCUCAACAGCAAGCUCAUCGAGGGGCUCACCGACGCCGUCAAGGACCUGGAUCCGCAAACCAUUGUGAACACCGGCGCAACGGCCCUACGCGACGUUCUGCCCGCGGCAGACCUGCCUACGGUGCUUGUAAAGUAUAACGAGGCAAUCAGACGGGUGUUUAUCGUUGGCGCUGUCACGGCAUCACUGUCGGCGCUGGGAUCCUUCGCGUUGGAAUGGAAGAGCGUGAAGGGCCUCGAGAAGCCCAAGCCAACUGGCAAGGAUCAGUGA